GCAGAGAAAAAAGAUGGCAUCUAGAUUCAUAAUCUUCUGUCUUCUGUUCUUUGUGUGUGGUCACGGCAAUGGAGCAAGGGAUGUACAACAAUACCAAACCGCAUAUGGAGCUGCCAAAAACGUGAAGGAAGUGGAGGAUUCUUCGUAUGGGCCUUACAUAACUCAGUACAAUUCUGGACACAACUCAAGGGAAGCAGAAGUGUCAUACCCAACUAGUUAUGGAACCAAAGAAGGCAGAAAAGAAGCUGAAACUCCUUACAUAAAUCAAUACAAUUCAGGGUAUGUCUCAAAGGAAGUUGAAGUGUCAUACAUAACCAAUUAUGGAACCAAAGAAGACACAAAAGAAGCUGAGACGCCUUACAUAACACAGUACAAUUCAGGGCACAGCUCAAAGGAAGCAGAAGUGACAUACAUAACCAAUUAUGGAACCAAAGAAGACACAAAAGAAACUGAGACACCUUACAAAAUGAGUUAUGAAACCAAAAAAGGCACAAAAGAAGUUGAGACACCUUAUGUAAUGAGUUAUGGAACCAAAGAAGUUGAAACACCUUACAUAACCGGGUAUAGUUCUGCACAAGGCAACAAGGAGUCAAAAGAAAUUGAAACGCCUUACAUAACCGGGUUCAUUUCUGCACAAGCUGCAAAGGAAAAGACUGGGACCAAGUGUAAACAUCACAAGCAUGUAAAUCCACCUUCCUCUGACACCAAAAACUCACAAGAGCCGCCAUUGAAGGGACAUGAACAUCAUCAUAUGCAUACUCAUUCAUCAUCUCCCAUGGAUCACAAUGAAGCAUUCAAGAUAGGCUUUUUCACGUUCGAUGAUCUAUACAAAGGUAAGAUAAUGCCUCUAAACUUUCCCAAACAAGAACAUUCUCGUUUCUUGCCUAAAGAAGUAGCUGAUUCCAUUCCAUUCGCAAUGCAACAACUCCCACACCUUCUUCAACUUUUCUCAAUCCCACAAGGUUCUUUAGAUGCAAAACACAUGGCAUAUGCACUCGAACAAUGUGAGAUGAAACCCAUCACAGGGGAGACCAAGUUUUGUGCCACUUCUCUAGAGUCGAUGAUAGAAUUUGUUACCAAGAUCAUUGGUUCUGGUGUUAGCUUCAACAUUCUCUCAACCACACACCCCACAACAUCAACUGCCAUCACACAAAGCUACACCAUUUUGGAAAAACCCAAUGAAGUUUUAGCUUCCAAAAUGGUUUUUUGCCACCCAAUAGCUUAUCCUUAUGCGGUUUUCUUCUGCCACAACUUUGAGAGAGACACCAAGUUCUUCAAAGUUUCACUUGAAGGUGUGAAUGGAGAUAAGGUGGAAGCUAUGGCUGUUUGCCACAUGGACACAUCUGAUUGGGACCCUAACCACAGUUUGUUUGGCCUGCUGGGAAUCAAAGCUGGUGCCUCUUCUCCAGUGUGUCAUUUCUUCCCUGAAAAUCAUCUUGCUUGGAUCCCAUCACCAACUAAAGCUACUAUGUGAGCAGGCAUCAAUGUUCUUGAUUGUUAGUUGUUUGUAUCAUAUUUCGUGUCAUGUGUGUAGAAUAAUGAUCAAUUGCCAAGAUUUGGCAGUGUGAUCAAGCAUUCAUGGUAAUGUUUUGAUCCUAGAUCUGCUUUCUAGUUUGUUGUUUGUAAGAGCAAGUUUCAUGUUAAGAAGUGCCUAGAUGUGAUCUUUAUGUCAAACAAGUUGUAGCUUGUAUUCACAACUCAUUUCCCUAA